AUGCAAAAUAGCACGAUACGAAAGUACAAUUUUCAGGACCAUGAAAAAUACAGCAAAAGCCUGAGCGACAUUUUCUCCUCCAUUGUAAAUGACAAGUGUGGAUUCUUCUUUAUAUUCAAUGCCGUCUUUUUUACAAACUUAAAAAACUUUUAUUAUUUUGUGGACAUAAUAAACGUCUUAAAUUAUUUGGGGAAUGGCAAAAUUAUCACCAAGGGGGGUACCCCUGUCGAGAGGGACAUUUUAAUAUAUGAACAAAUUGCGUCCUUCGUGGAAAACUGCUACUAUUGUUUUAUUGAUGACGUAGAUAAUGGCAGCAACUGCUGCGCCUUCGAUGAGGGGUACCCAAGUGAGAAGAGUACAAAACUAACGCAUACAAGAAUUAACUCUGCUAAGGUGGAAAAGAUAAAAAAUAAGUUAAAGGCACUUAAGAGGGAGAAGUCACACGAAGAAUUGCUUUUCCUCUCUAUGAAUGAAUGCAAUAAAAAAAUAUUCCAACAGUUUAGUAAAAUCCCCGACUUGUUUUUAGACAUGACGGAGAUUAGCGAAUACAGCAGGAGUGACCCCUCCAAGGGGAAAUACUCCCCAAGUGACUAUGCUCCUAGCGAAAUAAUCCAACCACAGAGCAGCAAUGACUUAAGCAAGAACAGCCUGGGAAGGAAAAACACUCUUUUACUCUACAACCAAAGUGACUAUGCUAAGUCAGGAACGUACGAAGAUUCUAGAAGCGGCAGUCUACACAUUUUGAAAAACUCCAUUUCGGUAAAAUCAGAGGGGCAUCCAUUUGGAGGGGGUUCCCACAUUAAUAACUCGCACAGCCCUCCCAAGGGGGACACUGAGCCGAAUGGGAAAAUGCCAUCCCUGGACGGUUACCCCAAUCAGCAAAGUAACAAACUUGAUAACCCAAAUGAACCUCCGCAAAAGGGAUACAUAAAGAAUUUUUUCGCAAACUUGUUUAAAAAUGGACAGACAAUCAAGCAUCCUAAAACAAGUUCACUUCCUGCUGGGGAGGAAAGGAACAUUCCUCCUGAAGGGUGCCUACCCAAAUUGGAGGUUAAUGAAAAGACUCCAGAUGAGAUAAAUGCAGAUGACACGGAACGUGACAACCAAGGGAAGGUCCCAGAAACUAAUCACCUCCUUCAAAUUGGAAUAACAGAAAAUGGCACUCCUCGCGUUGGGAGCAACCCAGAGGGGGACGCAGCCAAAAGUGAGGAAGACGAAAGGGAGGCAGAAAAAUCGGAAGACAGCCACUUAGAAGAAGAGUGCUCCUCGGAUAAGGAGCCAAGCGAGCACUCUGGAGAACAAAGCUCGGCGAGCUCCUCCCAGUCACAGUCGUCUGCAGAAGAGGAGGAUAGUAAAAGCGACGGGGCGGAUGAUGAACUGGCCGAAGUGGAACCCCUCAGUGAAGACAAAACUGAGCAGGACCCAAAGGCCAGCCCUGACAUGACGGAAGAAAGGGACAUUCAACAGAAUGACGGAAAGGAGAAUUACCAUCCACUAUGUGACGACGAAAAUAGCGAUGGAGCGAUGGAAGAGAGAUCCCUAGAAGAAAUUCCAUUGCUCCCCCCGCAGACAGACAUGAGUCAAGUAAAACAAACGGAGAAUCACGACGGGGAAGAAGUGGCAGCGGCACUUGGGGACAACUCCCAUGAACAGAACUCACUUGAGUGUAACGAAAUGGAGGAAAAUACAAUUCAAGACGAAGUUAAGGAUGAUGGUAAAAACGAGUUGGACACGUUUAAAGAAGAAGAAACCAAGCCAGAAAUAUUUUCACAAAGUUUGGGGGAGACUGAUGGACUGCAUAAAUGCCAAAGUGAGAAUGAGGACAAAUUAGUGAACACUGCAGAGGGUGGAGUUUCCCCAGGGAAGGUGCAAAAUGGGGGAGGUGCAACGGAAGGGGGGCAACCAGGCAGUAGUAACCCCAAUGGGGAGGCAGAGGUCAGCGCGCAGAACGGAACUGGAAUGGUUACCAUAUCAGGUGAGGGAGAACAUGAGAUGGACCCUCCAGAUGAGUUGGACGAACGUAAGAGCGAGCAUGAUGACGCUGAAAAAGCAUGUGCUGGUGUGUCCGGCAAGGGGGAAGCCGCCUCAAACGGGGGAGAAGAAGCAUCCAGUGAGGGAGAGGCCUCUUCAAACGAGGAAGUCUCAUCCGAGGAGGACCAGAAGGAGGAACAUGGCUCCACAGAGUCCCCCAAAAAAAAACAGCGAACAGAGGAAGGGCAAAAUGAAGAUCUAAACGGGCAAGUAAACCAGUCGGAAAAGGAGGACAAUGCGAACACCCCAGAGAGUGACCACUCUAUUUCGAGUGACGAAGAAAGUGAUGAUGAGGGAGAGGAAGAAGUUGACGAAGUGGAUGACUCCGAGGAGGAAAAAGAAAUGGACGAAGAUGAAAGUGCUGAGGAAGAAGAAGAGGACGAUGAAGCGGGUAACGAAACGGAUGACGAUCAGAUCGUUCACUUGCUCAAGUCGUCUAACAGAGGCAACCCGGACAAGGGGUGGUACGCAGAAUACCUGAGGAACCUCCUCCGGUGCGACAAAAAGUGCACAGUGGAAAAUCACGCAGAGGAGAAAGACCUGUUCCUGAGUAAGGUGAAAAAAUUAAGCAACCUGGUAAAGUACAAAAAGUUUAAAGAAAAGUACACCAAAAAGUGGGAAGAAAAAAUAGCGCUAUUCAAAUGUAACAAAUUGAGAAGGGCAUAUAAAAUAUUCCUGGUGAUCAUAUUUUCCAUCGUAAAAGAAAUUAAAGAAUUGAAAAAGGAACUCAAAGAUAUGAGUCAAUUUGUUUUUAUCAAUUCGGGGAUUGAAAAUUAUUUGAACGAAAAUAAUAUCUCCACAGUGAGAAGAAAUAAGGGCAGCGGCGUAGGGGCAAACCGCUUCGACGAUUACCAGACUCCGAAAAGGAAACAAAUGGGAAAAAAAAAAAAAAAAAAAAAAUACAUUUCCUAUGUUCCACUGCAAAAUUACCACAUUCUAUUCCAAUCGAUAAAAGAAAUAUUCAACGAACAAAAUGCACAAGACAAAUUAGCAAACAUUUCCUACUACAUCGAGCUGGACAAAUAUAUUCCUCACUACUGCAGCUUGUUUUUUCGCCAAUUUAAAAUAAAGAAGCAAGUUUUGUCGCACAUUCAGAGCUUAUAUAGCAACUCAGUACCCACUGUUCAGUGUGUAAAUAUGUUCAUCUCCUGUUUGAAUUACAAUUAUUCCAAUGUACUUAAAAAAAAAUUCGUUUUUCAGUCCGAAUUGAAUAAUAGCUACUUGGCUAAACUGCCCUGUGUAUACUGUUGCGACGUGCAAAUUGUGAGGCAUGUAGAUUUUUUAAAAUUAAAAGAAACAUGCCACAGGAUUAUUAAACAGAAGAAAAUUCACCAACUCUUUGUUGAUCACCUUUCGUCCUCCUUACUAGACGAGUCGUAUUUUAUUGUACCAUUUUUUACUUCCUAUGGAAAAUUUUUAAUUGUUAUAAAAAGUAACAGAAGUGAAAACCCCGAAUCUUCUUCAACGGAUGUUUUACAAAAUAAGAAUUGUAUCACUUAUGACAUCCUUAUUAGCAGCUUUGUCUUCCCCAAUGGAAGUAGCUUCCAAGCCAUUGUUCACUUGUCUUAUGUAUUCAUAAACACGUUGCGUGAUUUUUUCAAGACCAGGAACUCCGAUGAGAACAUCCCCGAGAUUUCGUUUCUGAGCUUGCCCCACGUGGACAAGCAGCACCUCCUGCACCACGAGAUUGAAUCGGCUGCCAACCGUGCGGAUAUCAUCCUUAAUGUGCUAUUCCUGUUGGAGUCUUUCUUCAACAACACGAAAAAGAUGAAGCCCCCCGCACAGUUCAACCAAGGAUUGCGAUUCCUCUACAUUAUCAGGCUGCUCGAAUUUUUCCACCAAAAAGGAAAUCUGUGA